UAGGAGGAGUGGAAGAGCAAAGCCCGAAGCGCGCGGAUGCCUGCUCGCUAACAGCACUUCUUUUCCUGACACUGAGGAGUUCACAAUAUAUUAUACAACCUCGACCUGUCGAGUGAGUGAGUGAGUCGGAGAGCAGUGAACAUGCCCGAGUGCAGAGAGAGGGACGCAGCCAACGUUAGCAAUAAUUAUUAUUGAUCGUCGGCGCAGGUGCUUGUUUUAAAAUGAUUCAAGGUGCGAAAUCCUUUGUCCUGCUGCUCGCCGUUUUGGCCGCCUGCGUGACCGCCGAGCAGGCCGACGAGCAGCCUUUGAUUUUCCCCACCGAGGAGAACAGCACCGAGCAGCCGGCCGCCGCGCUCGACGCCUCCGCCGAUAAACCGCGGCCGGCGCCGCUUGCGAAAUGCGCCGGCGAAAAGGAGAUGUGCAAGCCGCCCGCGGGUUGCGCGCUCUUUUAUGCUGACGACGAUGAGGAAAAUUUGCAAACGUGCAUCCUAAUUCCUGCGAAUGAAACUACCAACGCUACUCUUGGUCUAUGCUGUGAGAAUGUUCUUUCAAAUCGAAUUAAGCAGCUGCUGCUCACGGACGACAACCGCGACCAACUUUCGCCGGGCUACAACACAGGCCCCGAGCUGGGCUUCAUCAGCGCGGCCGACCUGUCCGCCAGUUCGGACAAUGGCAAGUCAUUCACGGACAAACUGGAGACGCUGGAGGCGGAGUUGAAGAAAAGCGGCAUCAAAGUGGAGUCAGACACGCCGUCCGCCGGCCACCUGCGCGUCUUCAACACGACCAACGAGGCCCGCGAGUUGUCCCUCAAGGCCCUGCGGCUGGCCGCGGCCACCAGCGCCCUCACCAACCGGCUCGGACUGUCCAAUCCGAACGGCGAGCUGCGGCAGGUGGACUUGCAGAACUCGCGGCUGGGCGAGUCGUGUCCGCCGGUGCCCGUCUGCCCUGUGAUCGGCGGCAAGUAUCGCCUGCACGACGGCACCUGCAGUAACCCGAGACGCUCGUGGAUCGGAAGGGCCACCAGUCCCAUGCAGAGACUGCUUCCAGCACAUUACGAUGAUGGCGUGCAGGUGCCACGGUCCGCUAGAGAUGGAGGUCCUCUGCCCAGUCCUCGCCUGAUCAGCAUCCAAUUGUCCACGGACGGUCACAGGGCUCCGCAGGACCGAAGAUUGACAGCGCUGGUCGCCGACUUCGGCCAGUUCCUCGACCAUGACCUCGUACAGAGCCCCUCUUUUCAAUUGAGAGGUGGCGGCGGGAUUCAGUGCUGCUCGCAGGACGGCGCGUCCGUGUUGCCGCCGCACCAGCGACACCCGCAGUGCAUGCCGAUCGAAAUUCCCUUCGACGACCCUUUCUUCUCCAGAUUCAGACAGGGCUGCAUGAACUUUGUGCGCACCAUGCCGGCCCUGACGCACAACUGCUCCCUCGGAGCAAUUAACCAGAUGAAUUCAGUUUCGCACUGGUUCGACGGCUCCACAAUUUACGGCUCAGAGGGACAGGCGGCGCGGAAUUUGGUUGGACCAAGGGGCACCCUCCUCAACAAUGGUAACAGAGGCUCCCUGGCCCUGCUGCCGGCGCAAAACGGCGGCUGCACGCGCAGGAGGCAGACCGAAAACCCAAACUUCUGCUUCGUCGCAGGUGACAACCGAGUGAACGAGCAGCCGCUGAUCAGUUCUCUUCACACGCUGUUGAUGCGCGAGCACAACAGGGUGGCCGGAAUCCUGGCCGCGAUGCACCCCGAGUACAGCGACGACGCCGUGUACCAGGAGACGCGGCGGAUCGUGAUCGCCCAGCUGCAGCACAUCGCGUACAACGAGUUCCUGCCGGUGGUGCUGGGCCGUCGCUUCAUGGAGACGUACGGCCUGCUGCCCCUGGCCUCGGGCCACUCGUUCGACUUCAACCCCAACUACGACGCCUCCGUGACCAACGAGUUCGCCGCCGCCGCCUACCGCCUCCACACGCUCGUCAGGGGCGACCUCAAGCUGUCCAAUAACGCAGGAGACUCCCGCAUACCACUCAGGGAUACCCUGAAUAGUCCUCAGGUGCUGCUGUGGCCCGACGCCGGAGACGCUCUGCUCUCGGGACAGUGCAGCCGGCCGCUCGGCGCCUUCGAUCAUGUCUUCAGCGAAGAGAUGACGCAGCACUUGUUCCAAGGCAGGGGUGGUUUCGGCCUCGACAUCCUCAGUCUGAACAUCCAGCGUGGCCGAGACCACGGACUGCCCGGCUACAACUCGUACCGGAAAUUGUGCGGAUUGAAGAGGGCCCGAGACUUCGCCGACUUGACAGACACGAUCCGGCCGGAGGCGUUGCUAGUGCUGCGGCGGAUCUACCGCAGCGUCGACGACAUUGAUUUGUACGUCGGCGGAAUUUCGGAGCGGCGGUCGUCAGGCGCCCUUCUGGGACACACCUUUUUGUGUUUGGUCGGAGAUCAAUUCGCCAGGUUGAAGAAAGGCGAUAGGUUUUUCUACGAUUUGGCUAAUCAGCCAAGUUCAUUCUCUGCAGAUCAACUGAACGAAAUCAGAAAGACGAGCCUGGCCCGGAUAAUCUGCGACAACUCCGUCGGGGUGACUCGACUACAACCUCUCGUAUUUUGGCAACAGGAUGAUGCCAGAAAUCCGAUCGUGUCCUGCGACUCGGCAUUGAUUCCGCGCAUGAGUCUUGAACCGUGGAUUCCAGAGGUCCCAAACACGUGAAAUGACGUCAACGUUUAAUAUUUAAUGUCAGGGUCCAGACCCUGAUACCAUUCAAAUUUCACGUUGAAAUUUCAUAAAUUAUUGUAUAUCUUUCUAUUACUGAAAUAAAUUUUUAUUUGAAGGAAAUAAAA